GCAGGCAUCUUCCUAAAACGGCCCAUUUACCUGAGAUAUCACCUUCAUCUUCAUCGAUCGUGUUACUCUCGUGACUAAUCAUAUACUGGUCACAAUCCGGCUGUUACUGGACAAUUUCUUGCAAAGACUAUACGACUUUCUUUUCCUCUUGAUCAGACCGACAAUAUGGCACCUAUACCCGAUGAAACGGAGUGGUUGGCAGCUACAGCAAAGGCUCGCGAGGAGGCAGAAAAAAUGGACAAGGAUAUGGCACAGGACGGACCGCCGGAACACCCGGUUGCGCAACUGCAAGGCCCCUUCGAAGAAUCCAUAGUCGAUUCGAAUGACCCGGCUGGUGAACUAUACACAGUGCAAAUAGAUGCUCUGAGUCGGCGCAUAGAAAUUCUGAUGAGCCAACAAUAUGAGCGUCUCUGUGGCAGAAAGUGGCGUCAGAAGCCACGGGAAAGGUAUCACCCUCUGUGGAAGAUCGUCGCACAGAUGUCCUUCGGCAUGCAUCUCCUGGCGAACGGGCUCGCCAAGUCAGAACCAGAAGUCAUGAAGAUCUUGCAGGGCCAUGUAGACGAAAUGGAUGGCUUCAUCGAGCGAACAACAGACGACCUGAUUCUUGCCGAGGCUGACAUCAGAGAGCGCUUGAAUUAUCUUAAGAUCCCCCUCGAGACAGGGAGGGUAUUCGAUGAACUGCUGGAAGAUCGAACCUUCAGGCAUUCUGUGAUGGAUGACACCGAAAAGAUCGAGCACAUAAACCACCGAUCAGCAGCAGCCAUGAGUGACGCUUUCAAGGACAUCCAAAAAGGACGAGAGGCGAUUAGCGCACUGUGGCAUUACUUGAAGAAGUUAGGGAAAGAAUGGACGCCAAGACCAGGCAGUUUUGAUGCCGUUUAUGCCGCGAUGGUUGGGAAUGUAGAAGGCUGGCAGGGCGCGUUUACGGAUUUACGAAAACAUGGGAAAGGACUGGCCAUCGUCAUUAUCCAGCUGGGCGCCGUCGUGACUGAAAUACAGUCGCGAGCAGCUGCAGCCAGUAGGAAAGAAGUGAUGAACACUGUUAGCAGACCACGAGCCAAAUCGCUCAAAGUUGGGUUAUUCAAGAGAUCGUCCUCACUCCCAACAGUCCCCCAGGUUUCAGACAAGCCUCUUCCCAGCGCUCCGCAGCUUGUGGAUCCAGCAAUCGAAGCAGUGCUUCCCACGGAAAUACGACCUGAGGCAUUUCCUAAGAGAGACAUUUCUGGCACCCAAAAUGCCGGUCUGGCGCGUCACUCGUCCUCAGCAGGUCGACGCCGUACGAGAUCUUUUGACGAUGGCACCACUGAGGGUAACCGGUAUUUGUCUUCAAGCAAGACUCCACAGGAUCGCCCAGGGAGUCAAGGGAAACCCGCCAAAUCCGUUACCUGGGUGGAACCUGGUCAAAAUCGCCCUGCUACAGCACAUCAGCCUGAAAACGAUGCCUUCCGUGGCCGAAGCCGGUCCACGGGACAAUUAAGAGAGGGCGGCGCAGAGGGAAGACCGCAGUCCAGGGGUGUCCUGGGAUCUUUUGCACCGUUCGAGAAGAAGAAGUCAUUGCCGGCCGGUGGGCGAGACAAGACGAAAGACCAGUUACUGGUCCAUCUCAAAUCCAAGAAAGCUCUCGACGCCCUCGCCGUACCGGUCAAUAAGCUACGGUCUGCCUCUCCACGGCCAUCAUCCGUCAGAAGAGAUUGGCCUCUUAGCAUCUUCCGCGCCAAAUCGUCGAAUUGUCUCAGAAGCCCUGACGGAUCUCAACAUAGCGAUUCUGGAAGUGGUCUCGAUUCGGAUGUCCAGAUGGAAUGGUCCAAGCCGGAGGAGGAGAUCCCGAAUACUCAUACGCUACGCCCUGGGCCAGGCGAUUCCCCUCGGAUACCUCACAUAAGGGCGUCACUAUGCUCGACCAUCAGAGAGCUAGAUGAAGAGGGUGAAGCAAGAGAAGAUGACGAGAGCGAGGUUGGGGAAGAGGGGGAAGUGGAAUCGAUACUUACAGCCUUACCCACACUAGAUCCCUCGUUGGCAAGGCAUUUCGAUAUUGCUAUCUCUCAGAUUUCAACAGAAACCGAUGUCCACGAGAUUUCUCCGAGCUCUGCGGACAAAUCUGCCACGGCAAAGGCUACCGACUCGAUCCAACUCGACACAGAUCCCUCCGACACAUUAAAUGAUACUGGGAAGAGCGCAGAUUCAUCUAGUCCAGCUGGUCCACAGCCCAAGCGUCUCGUUCCCCAUUCGGCUGAUAUCCUCGGAUUAUCUUCCAGUAGGCCACUCCGUCUGAGCAGCAAGGUACUACCGGCUCCGAUUAUGCAAACUGACAAUGAUAUCAAGUCUGGCAUCGCGGUAAACGUCGCCUCCCUAACGUCAGAGUCAUUGAUCGACUUUCUCGCCGCAACACCUCCAGUGUCUCCCCGUCCUGACGAUCUAGAAAGCUGCUCGACGGAUGAUGACCUAGACAUAGACCUGUACGAACCACCAGAGCCGAAGGAGGAGGACACCAGCAGCAGGGCAAGACUCGGCCUCGGAAUCCGAGUUGGACUACAGUGCUAUCCUGAAGAAGUCAGCAGUCCGCCCCCGCCAGGCCCCGGUGGAAGAACCAUGGUCACCCCUGACUUUUCCACAAAAUACGCCCUCGAGUGUGAAAAGCGCUUCAGACCGAGACUAGGCCUCGGAAUGAGUAGCCUUUCUCUUUCUCUCAUCCCGCGCAAGAAGAGUCUGAAAAGACUAUUCAGCCCGACGUGGAAGAGUCACAACAUCUCCCGGGAUGUCGUGGUGGUGGGAUCAGGAAGCGAGACCUCUUCCAUGGAGGACAUGGGAAUGGCUCAGAUGGAUUCAGAGCAGAAUUUCCAUUUCCGCGGUCUGGGAAAGGAUGGGACUUGGGUAAUGAGUGAUUGAAGAACCUUAUUAAAUUAAAUUAAUAGUUAAUAUGAUUAUUUAGCUAUUUUUUUCAUGUAUAAUACUUACGAUAGGCUUCUUACUUAGUUACCCAGCCAGCUUGAAUAGAUAAAUGUAUGUAUGUAUAUAUAAUGUCACUGCGGAAUCAUAUUAUGG